GCCGCGGGCGGGAGCCGCCUGCCGCAAGGACGGGGUGACUCGGGCCGCCGCCGGGAGCCGCCCUCCUUCCGCGGGGCGCGGGCAGCGGAGCCGCAGUGCGAGCCGCGGCGAGAUCUGUGAACAACAACUUCUUCACAUAAAUUGAAAAAAGUGAAGAAGAGAUGGCCAGUUCAGCACGAGAACAUCUGCUAUUUGUGCGGCGUCGCAACCCGCAGCUCCGGUAUACUCUAAGCCCAGAGAAUCUGCAGAGUUUGGCAUCUCAGGGCACCAUGGCUGAGAACAUGAAUUUGCAGCGUGCCAACAGUGACACUGACUUAGUGACCUCAGAUAGCAGGUCUAGUUUGACAGCCAGCAUGUAUGAAUACACCUUGGGGCAAUCUCAGAACCUCAUAAUUUUCUGGGAUAUUAAGGAAGAAGUUGAUCCAACUGACUGGAUAGGACUUUAUCACAUAGAUGAGAACUCUCCAGCCAAUUUCUGGGAUUCCAAGAAUCGGGGAGUGACUGGCACUCAAAAAGGACAAAUUGUAUGGCGAAUUGAACCUGGUCCCUAUUUUAUGGAAUCUGAAAUAAAGAUCUGUUUUAAGUACUACCAUGGUGUUAGUGGAGCCCUCCGAGCUACUACUCCAUGUAUCACUGUGAAAAACCCUGCUGUGAUGAUGGGAGUAGAAGGCACAGAGGAAGGUGCUUCUGGAGCCCAGCAUUCUCGGAAGUUAGUCAGCUUUACACUAUCAGAUAUUAGAGCAGUUGGACUUAAAAAAGGCAUGUUCUUCAACCCCGAUCCUUAUUUAAAGAUGUCCAUCCAGCCGGGCAAGAAAAGUACAUUUCCUACAUUUGCUCAUCAUGGUCAGGAAAGAAGAUCGACUAUCAUCAGUAACACAACUAACCCUGUUUGGCACAGAGAGAAAUAUUCUUUUGUUGCACUUCUAACAGAUGUCCUGGAAAUUGAAGUUAAAGACAAAUUUGCCAAGAGUCGACCAAUCAUCAAACGCUUUCUUGGGAAGUUAACUAUACCAGUUCAGAGACUGUUGGAGAGGCAUGCAAUUGGUGACCAGAUUCUCAGCUAUAAUCUCGGUAGAAGGCUGCCAGCAGAUCACGUAAGUGGAUAUCUCCAGUUCAAAGUGGAAAUCACAUCUUCAGUUCAUGAAGAUGCUUCGCCAGAAACAGUUGGCACUUUGCUAGGAGUGAACUCUGUAAAUGGAGACUUGGGCAGCCCUUCUGAUGAUGAGGACAUGCCAGCAGGACAUCACGAUACUUCCACGGUGUGUUCCAACGGUCCAGUCCUUGAGGACUCUUCUGGAGAAACAAUCCAGAGGCAUCCUUUAAGGACUAGUACAACACUAGAAACAGAUCAGGAUGAAUUAACCUCUGGUGCUUCAAGAUCGUCACCUACAAGAGGUCGCCAGGACUCACUGAAUGACUACCUGGAUGCAAUAGAACACAAUAAUCAUCCCAGACCUGGAACGUCUGCCUGUGGCGAGCGUCCUCGUGGAGCCUCUCCAAAACUGAGGAGUAGCUUCCCUACUGACACAAGACUUAAUGCAAUGCUUCACAUUGACUCAGAUGAGGAGGAGCACGAGCUACAUCAGGACCUGGGUUUCCCAUCUUCCUUGGAAGAUGAUGGUGGCUUAGUAAUGCUUAAUGGUGCUACUAGAAAUGUUGAAAGAAAUGGCUUAAGUAACUCAUCAGAUCAGGUAACACAAGGGCCUGCAGAGAAUGAAAAUGUUUCAGCCUCUGAAGCUCCUUUGCCCUCAACUGAUGACCAGCCAGAGAGCCUCCCGGAGCUUCCACCAUCACAGUUAGUUGAAGGUGAAAGCCUGCAAGGUUCUCAGAGUGAAACACCGGCAGAGCAGGCUGGCAAUGACUCUUACGCUGUGCAGGAGGCAGAGCAACCUCCCAGUAGUACAGACACAGGAGCUGCUGAUGCUGCUGCUGGGAGCAGAAGGGGUGUUAGUGAAACAGAAUCUAUUGAUCAAGGGUCUGAACCUUCCCAGCUGUCAUCAGAAACUGAGCAGAGCGAUCCUGCUCGCACAGAAAGUGUCAGUGAGGCUAGCACCCGGCAGGAAGGGGAGAGUGAUGUGGAAGGGGCAGACAGCUCCUGUAAUGAAAGUAUAACUGUGCGGCGUUCUUCAGUUGAAAUGCGCUCUUCUUUUGAAAGUGCCAGGUUUCCUGAGACUCCAGCGUUUUCUUCUCAGGAAGAAGAAGAGGGAGCUUGUGCCGCUGAUGUGCCCAGGACUGAGCCAGUUGCUGAAACACAGGACUCUCCAAGUACUUCUGGUUCUUUGCCUGCAGUACAGUUACCUCAGGAGGAAGUACAGGAGGCUGAGGGAGGUGAAUUACAAGACCAAGAGGAUGCAGAAGAAGUCUGGCAAAGAAGAAGAAGCCUGCAGGCAGCAGCUGCUAAUAGCCAGUCUCAGGAUGAAGAAACAGAAGGAGCCCGAGCACCUUGUGAGGGUGCCACAGCAGAGGUUGAAGGAGCUACUGGAGGUGCUCAAGCCAAUGGCCAUCAGCCCUUAAGGUCACUGCCUUCAGUACGUCAGGAUGUUAGCCGGUACCAGCGAGUGGAUGAGGCACUACCACCAAACUGGGAGGCUCGAAUUGACAGCCAUGGACGGAUAUUUUAUGUUGAUCACGUGAACAGGACAACAACUUGGCAGCGACCCACAGCCCCUCCAGCCCCACAGAUUCUCCAGAGAUCAAAUUCCAUACAGCAAAUGGAACAGCUGAAUCGCCGGUAUCAGAGCAUCCGCCGAACAAUGACUAAUGACAGGCCUGAAGAACAUACAAGUGCAGUGGAUGGAGCUGGAGAGGAAACUGACUUUCACCAUUCUAAUGCAGAUUUUCGAAGAGAGAAUGUGCUGCCUCACUCUACCUCCAGAUCCAGGCUUACUCUGUUGCUCCAGUCUCCCCCUGUGAAAUUUCUUAUCAGCCCAGAGUUCUUCACAGUGCUGCAUUCUAACCCUAGUGCCUACCGCAUGUUUACAAACAACACGUGUCUGAAGCACAUGAUCACCAAAGUCCGGCGGGACACCCACCAUUUUGAGCGCUACCAGCAUAAUCGUGAUUUGGUGGGCUUCCUAAACAUGUUUGCUAACAAACAGCUGGAGCUGCCAAGAGGUUGGGAAAUGAAACAUGACCAUCAGGGCAAGGCUUUCUUUGUUGAUCACAAUUCCCGCACGACCACGUUCAUUGACCCUCGGCUUCCCUUGCAGAGCAGCAGGCCUACCAGUGCUUUAGUCCAUCGGCAGCACUUAACUAGGCAACGCAGCCACAGUGCUGGUGAGGUUGGAGAGGACUCUCGUCAUGCAGGACCACCAGUUCUACCAAGACCAUCUAGUACAUUCAAUACAGUCAGCAGAGCUCAGUACCAGGAUGUGGUUCCAGUGGCUUACAAUGACAAGAUUGUUGCAUUUCUGCGGCAGCCCAACAUCUUUGAAAUUCUACAGGAGCGUCAACCAGAUCUUACCAGGAAUCAUUCACUCAGGGAGAAGAUCCAGUUCAUCCGGACAGAGGGAACGCCUGGCUUGGUGCGUUUAUCCAGUGAUGCAGACCUUGUCAUGUUACUCAGCUUGUUUGAAGAGGAGAUAAUGUCAUAUGUGCCGCCACAUGCCUUACUUCAUCCCAGUUAUUGCCAGUCCCCAAGAGGUUCACCAGUGUCCUCACCCCAGAACUCUCCAGGUACUCAGCGUGCCAAUGCCCGAGCUCCAGCUCCUUACAAAAGAGAUUUUGAAGCCAAGCUGAGGAACUUCUACAGAAAGUUGGAGACUAAAGGAUACGGACAAGGCCCAGGGAAAUUGAAAUUAAUAAUCAGGAGAGAUCACUUGCUUGAAGAUGCCUUCAACCAGAUUAUGGGUUACUCAAGAAAAGACUUGCAGAGAAAUAAACUCUAUGUCACAUUUGUUGGGGAAGAAGGGUUGGACUACAGUGGACCUUCAAGGGAAUUUUUUUUCCUGGUGUCUAGAGAGCUCUUCAAUCCAUAUUAUGGUUUAUUUGAAUAUUCAGCCAACGAUACCUAUACAGUACAAAUAAGUCCCAUGUCUGCUUUUGUAGACAAUCACCAUGAGUGGUUCAGGUUUAGUGGUCGAAUCCUUGGUCUUGCUCUGAUACACCAAUAUUUGCUAGAUGCCUUCUUUACACGACCCUUUUAUAAAGCCCUCCUCCGAAUACUCUGUGAUUUGAGUGACCUAGAAUACCUUGAUGAGGAGUUUCACCAGAGUUUGCAGUGGAUGAAAGACAAUGAUAUACAUGAUAUCCUGGAUCUCACAUUUACUGUAAAUGAAGAAGUUUUUGGGCAGAUCACAGAACGGGAAUUAAAGCCAGGGGGUGCCAACAUUCCAGUCACAGAAAAAAACAAGAAAGAAUAUAUAGAAAGAAUGGUAAAAUGGAGAAUUGAGAGAGGAGUUGUACAACAGACAGAAAGUCUAGUUCGGGGUUUCUAUGAGGUGGUUGAUGCAAGGCUUGUGUCUGUAUUUGAUGCAAGAGAACUGGAACUGGUUAUAGCUGGAACAGCAGAAAUUGACUUGAGUGACUGGAGAAAUAAUACAGAAUACAGAGGAGGUUAUCAUGACAAUCACAUCGUAAUUCGGUGGUUCUGGGCUGCUGUGGAAAGAUUCAACAAUGAACAACGACUAAGACUUCUGCAGUUUGUUACAGGCACAUCCAGCAUACCUUAUGAAGGCUUUGCCUCUCUAAGGGGAAGCAAUGGGCCAAGAAGGUUCUGCGUAGAGAAGUGGGGGAAGAUCACAGCCCUUCCAAGGGCUCACACUUGUUUCAAUCGUCUGGACCUUCCCCCUUAUCCAUCAUUUUCUAUGCUGUAUGAAAAACUGUUGACUGCAGUAGAAGAGACAAGUACUUUUGGACUUGAGUGAUACACAAACCACAGUGCCCAGCUCUUUGAACUUUUGUGGACCUGACUUCUCAAAGAAAAAAUGAAGAUUUGUAUUGGAUUUCAGAUUGACAUUCCGAUAAUGAGGUUCCAUGAAGGAGCUUAUGAAGCAAUUAAAAACCUUGUAAUAGUGGCAGAAUUCUCUACAGUGAAUCUGGAGUGUGCCUGAAGUGCAGGGAAAGCCAAGUCUUGCAACCCACGCUUUUUCAGGAUAAUCAAACUUCCUACGAUUUGUUGUGAGCAAACAAGAAAUGCGUGAUCCCAUGUUGUGGUCAGCCUGGCUACUGCAAAACUGACAUGUACCUGAAAACUGGAUUUCACCAAAGUUGAUGGAUAGAAAAUUCAAGUCAAAAUGUGAAAUCAUUCAGGCCCCACCUACACAGUAAAUCAAUGAAAAAUCAUACAAUAUAGUUUUUUGGUUUUUGGUUUUUUUUUUUUUUUAGUAUAUUCAUGAAGGUACAUUACUUAAUGCCAUGUGUUAUAACAGCAUAUCCAGUACUUGAUAAACCUAAGACUACGAGUGCCUGCAUGAGGUGCACCACAGAGUUCAAGUUCCUGGGGCAGAAGUGAAUUGGAAGUAAAGUCAGCGAAGGAUGAAACAACAGUGGCUUGCAUUAAGGAGGUUUGUGAAAAUGUGUUUGCCAGUGGUGUGUAUGACAAAAGAUGAGCUAUUAUAAUGAACUGAAUAACUUAAUAGGACUGAUUUUAUGAUUUAUACUGCAUGGAAACUAUUUUAAGAAGAAACUAGCAAUUUAUCACAGCAUAUCAGGAAAAAAAAUCCUAACACGGUGACUUCUGUUUAUUUUUAUAGGUUCAUUAUAUUAUGUUUCUUAGAGUGUAAACAGGAAACAAGCAAACUAAAAUGCUCUUUCUGUUUUUGUCACGUUCCAUGCUUGAACAGACAUUCUGCUGGUGUUUAUUCUUUAAGCACUCUCAAGGGAAAAAAAUGCCUUUUAUUUUUAUAAGAGUAAAAAAUUCCCAGAAAUAUUUUGCACUGAAUGUACCAAAGUUGAAGGGACAUUAUGAUCUGACUGACAGCAAACUGCAUCACUAUCAAGUAUCUAUAAAAACACUUAGGAACCAGGCUUUCUUCACGGUGCCGUGUCUAUAGAUAUCAGGACUGUGCACAUAAGUAAUAAUUUUAUAAUACUAUAUGUGAUAUUGUAAUAUGCAUUUAUUUUAAAUGCAGCUGGAUCAUUUUUUCAUGCAUUGGAUUACUUAAUGCAGUGGAGUUUAGUACAGACAUUUCAUACGGUCCCCACAACUUUUUAUUUGUACAGCACCACAGAACACUAGCUUAUGUGGAAAUCCACGAGUAACCUACUGUAAGGUGAGCUACUGGUCAUAAUGCCACUGUUGCAUAUCAGUGAACUCCCACAAGAUGUAAACUGUUCCUUAGUCUUGCAUUUUCACUGAUAGUUUUCUUGCAUUUUCACUGAUAAAUAGUUUUCUUAUCAAAUGUUAUUUGAAAGAGUUUUUAUAGCCUAUCAGACACUGCAUGGACACCAAUUUCUUUAUGCUUAAUUUUGCUGAAAUACACAAGGCUUGCUUGCAUCUAUUUUUGGUACUUUCCUCCAGAUGGUUUUGUGGAACACUAAUGCAGCUGCGCACCCUUUCUCAUGCAGCUGCUGCUACACAGUGCAUCCACAUUGUUUAAAUUCCAGGAAGUUGCACUUGGAUACUGGAUGACAAGAACAUGAAUCUAGUUUUGCGCUAGCACUCGUGAUAGUGCCGAAGCACAGCACGCUGUUUUGUGAGAAAAGUAGCCUCUGAGGUAAACUUAACUUUCCUGCUUUGGAGACUCUGGAAAGGGCAUCUCAGGGAGGUAUCCUGCUUGGUCCUGGGGAAAUGUUUUUCCAUGGAUGCGAACGUCACUAGAGGUGUUGUCAGCAAAGACUGCUGUUCCGCCCUCCAAGUUGGAAAUGUAUGUGCAGCCACGCAGCAAAGAUUGAGGAAACCCUUUAAGCUUCCUGAGCAAACAUUACAUGUGCAAAGGAAAACCCAGUUGCAAAAUCAGAGUGAAAGCCUUCUUUGAUUUCAGGAAUAAUUGAGCUUCUGCAUGCCAUUUGGGACUCCAUUAGCCAAGUAACAUAGGCUUUCUUGCACUACUUCUGGCUGGCAUGAAAUAGCAAAGAGAAAUCCAACCACGUCUCCCUACUUUUAGACAUAUAUUUAACAAUCUUUGCUAAAUUGCAUGUCACGGAUGCUAACGUGCAUCUUUUUUCAGAGUACAGAUAAGCAGUAGGCAGGUCACUCCAGCAUUGCUUGUGUUUCCUGUGAUCCAUUCACUGAGUAGCUAAAACUCCAGAGCUCAAAGCAGAACACAACUUUUGCUUGGUUGAAGGACUGAAGAAUUUUGUUUUUACAGUACUGUGUUAUCUGUGGUCUAAAAAAGAGAUUUCCCAGGUGGAAACUGUAUCUAAACGUUUUGAACCAGAAACCUAUAAUAUUUGGCACAAAGUAAGUUUAUACUAGUCUGCCUUUAAAUUAUGCUUUUGUACAAAUCAAGAACAAUAAAUGCAUCUUGUCAAUUUUUAUUUAAAUAUAUUUUCUGCACACAUUUGUUCGGUAUUUAGAGAUACACAACUGAAAGUAGUCACGAUGAUCCAUUAUUCUGUAAAGAUGUGACAGGAUCAGCAUCGCAGCAGCUGUCAAAAAAAUCUGGAAUCCAUGUAGCAUUAAGACCUGGAGAGACUGAGGAGAAGCUCCUUCUUGCUCUUUUGCUGCCAGCACUGCCUGGAGGACUGUCAAAAAAUGUUAUUUGAAAGUUAGCUGCCCAAGUACAGCUACGCAUGCUGCCUCGAGCACACCACGCGUGAUGAUAUAGGCAGUGUUCCUGCUCUGAAGAGAUUAGUAGGGAAGAUGUAUAGAAAAUGAAGUCUGGGCUCUCUGAGAUCCCCACGUCUCUUGGUUGCUGAGUGGAAUUUCUCCCUUCAGUGUGGGAAGCCAUUUCCAUUGAACACAUCCCAUGCGGAAGCCAACUUCCAUGUCCUCCAGAUGGCUACAGCUGGUGACCACAGUGCUUUAGUUAUGCAGUCCUGUGGCAGGCAGAAGGGUCUGCAGGAUGGAGAAAAGUGAAAAAGCAUUUCUGAAAGCCUUGCGUCUCCUCAGAGAUUUUGCACGGUGCUAAGAAGCUUUCCACGUAGGGAGGAAAAAAGCUUGUCUCCAGGAAGUAGGCAAAAGAUUCCCUUCAGCUACUGUGUGAUGAAAACUUGUGCAGGCUUCACCUGCAGCAUCUCCAUUGGGCAGGAAGUCUGGCUGGAGAAGCACCCACAAAAGUUGGAGUGAGGUGCCCAUGAGGUGCUCUGCUUGCUGGAAAGCUGAGCCAUGCAUUGCUAGCCAAAAAGCAUCUGGCAGGCCCUUGUCUGCUGUGUGGCACACAGCACCCCAGGGACCAUGCCAGUCUUCCUCUGCAGUGUGCUCAUGCCAAGUUUCAGCCCCCAGCAAGCCAAGGUAUUCUCUGUGUGCCUUGUUCUACCUCUCAUUAGCUUAGCCAGAACGCUCCUGAAUAUGCUGGGAAAGCUCAUAAUCAUUGAACUGAUGCAGCGUUGUGCCUACUGGAGCAAGCAGUACAGAGUCUGCAAGCCAGAAGUAACAUCAGCUUUCAGUCACAGCAGGUAGGAGAGUGCCAUCUGUUACGUAGGUAGCACCACCAGCAAGUUGCAGGUAUCUAUUGAAAGUAUUAUUUCAGUCCAAAAUAAAAUCCAGUUUAACACAGUUCUGCUGGUUGGAAACAAACCUUUUCCCCACCCUGCUGUCCUGCUGUUUUUCUUUGGUAUUCAUCAAAUAUUUGCCCUCCACCCCUUCCCCCCCCUUUUUUUUUUCUUUUAAAAUAAUUGUGCUUGUCUGUGUUGUGAGCCUAUCAUAAAAAGGCGAUAAUGUUUAGAGAGCAUCUAGGGUGAAAUCUAUCUAUUUAUGCUGCGUUCCUUGUAAUCUUCAGGGAAACUAAAAGUCGAGGCAGCAGUGUGCUGGCAGCACAUCAGAUGAAGUUUCUGGCAUGAGAAACUGAGUUUCUGCCAGAGCAGCAGACUGGCAUUUUGCUUAGUUUAAAAUUAUAGGAAAGGAAACAAUUUUGAGGCUUCCUAUGUAUUUUUAUUUUUUAUUUUUUUUAAGUCUCAACAACAACAAAAGCUUCCUUCAGAAGCAUUAGCAGCGGUAUCAUCUGGUUACUAAAUGCAGUCGCAGCAGGGCUCAUUGCAGAUGUUAACUGAGUUAUUCCAGUGUGAACUGCAGAGGUUUAUGGAGAUAUCUGCAAGUACACGGUCUGUGGACUGAGGCAAUCAUUCAUAAAAGAGGAAUCUGUGGUAGCUGUGUUUGAAUAACCUGUGUAUCUUCCUUACCUAUAGCAUAAAGCAAGUUAAUUACUUUCAGCAAUUGAAACAUAUUUGUAUUCAAUUAUACUAGCAGUUAUGUUUCUCUUGCCACUGAUUUUUUUUGCGGGCUCAGGGGAUAAUUUAUUCUUGUUAGCACUAAUGGGUAUUAAUAAGCAUGAUCUCCAGUCACAAGAUUAUAAACUUAACCUUAAAAGUGUUACAGUUAACCUUGAAAUAAUAAUACUCAACCACUGCUCUCAUUUUCCCCUCUCAUCUCUUCCUCCUUUAGGCAAGCAUGUUGAACUCCAAGUGAAAUUUCAGAGUAAUUGCUCAAACCUGGCUUGUUAAACUGUUUGCUUCUUGGCCUUACUAUGCAGCCAGAAAGAACUGCAGAAGUGUUAGGGGUUAACUAGCUCACUGCAAGUAAAAAACCUUCAAAAUGUUAUUAGCAUGAUCACAGUGGCUGCUAUGGGACUAGUCUAGCCUUUUGCUUAAAUAUUUUGCAAUAAAAAAGAAUGUAAAGUGUUAAAGUUGAAAUUCAUUGCUUUCAGGAACAGUAAAUAUACAUUAGGUAAAUAGUGGUUUGGGGGGAGAACUUUCAUGUAAAUCCAACAAGAGUAAAAGCCUUAUUAUGACCCAUGCUGACUAAUACGCAAAACUGUCAAGCUGACCAUAUAAACACACAGUUUUCACAGUGUGUUUUGGUUUAAUUUUUGCAUUUCUUUCAAAUAGAUCAUUAGCUUCACAGUGCUCAGUUCAGAUUCAUGCAUACGUACUGGAUUUCUAAUAUUUCAAAUGCUCAUUGCUAUGAAAAGAGUUUUAUUAAAACAUUUCUAGUGCUUUUAAAAUAAUUUUACUGUUAAAAAAAGUAUUUUUGGGGUUAAAACUUCAUUUAGGGCUCUGCUUUGCUCACAGCUGCAUUAUGCUAUAGGAAUUUUAAGGUGUUUUAAACUCAUGAUUAAUUUGAGAGUUCUUUUUAAAAACAGUGGCAUUGUAAUGAGUCGAUUGGCACUACUUGGAUUCCUCCUGACCACAUGUGAAAGGAUGACAGUCAAGGAUUCCUCUGGAAUGGUACAGCCCACUGCAGUAUCUGUAUGUAUUAAAAAUGCAUAGCCUGAGGACUAUGUGAAAGAAGUACUUCACUCAUUAACUAGUCUCCUAAACUGAUAAUUGGAAUCUUGAACUUACUUCCUUUACGUGUCAAAUGCAGUCAGAGUACAUUGCAAAUGUAAUCUGUAAGGAACAAAUUAAUGAUAGAUGUAUUCCUAUAAAUCUUUUAAAGAUGCGGUGAAGGUGAAAGGGAGCCAAGCUGUGUUUCUUCCAGACCUUCAUUUCUUAAAAAACAAACUAAACUAACAAAUAAUGAAAAUUAUGGUUUUUUUCCUUAAAAAACAAAAAUACAAGAAAAAACAACUUCCAAAAAUGUAUCUAUCAGCCCCUACUAGAAAAGCCCUGUCUUACACAGAGGGCUUUUACUAAGCGUUCAGGAGGUACAUUGUUCUACUAAUUUAACAGUUUUUGGCUAGUAGCUACAUGACCAGUUUUUAAAUGUAUUGUCCUACAAAGCUCCACAAGACUCUGGUCUCCUUUAUGUUAGGCUGCUUUCCAAAAGUUGGCUGCCCUCUCCCUUUUGCAGUUUAUCCUACGUCACUCUGAGACAGGGCAGCUGGUCAGCAUUUGACUGCAACUGUAUCGGAGUUGCAGAAUGAGAUUCUGGUGGUGGUUUAUUUUUCCAUUCAGAAUUGGAUCAGUCUCUUUGCAUGAACAGCCAGCCCCCUUCAGUCCAAAUUGUUGGUGGGAUCAUAGUUCCUCUCGCAUUGUGAAUGACUGAAGAAAAAAGAUCUCUUAAUGCCAUAUGUAGAAUCACAGGAUCUCCUGUGUUGGAAAGGACCCACAAGGACCACUGGGUCCAACCCCUGGCUCCACACAGAAGUCAAACCCCAUGUCUGAGCACACUGUCCAAACACAUCCUGAGCUCAGGCAGCUCAGGGCUGUGCCCGCUGCCCUGGGCAGCCUGUUCCGUGCCCACCACCCUCUGGGGCAGGACCUUUCCCUAAUUCCUAGCUGAGCCUCCCCUGACACAGCUCCAUGCCAUGUCACUGUCACCAGGGACAGGAGAUCAGCGCUGGUCCUCCAUUCCCUGUGAGGAGAUGCAGCCGCCAUGAGGCUCCCCUCAGCUCCUCUGCUCUGGGCUGAACAAGCCAAUGGACCUCAGCUGCUCUUCACACACCUUGUCCUCAGACCCUUCCCCAUCUUUGUUGCCUGUCUAAUGCUGACAGUCUUAUUUACUUUUAGUACUGUGGGUGCCCAAACCCGCACCCAGUGCUGGAGGUGAGGCUGCACAGCACAGAGCCCUUUCCCCUGCCCUGUGGCAGCGCUGGGCCAGGUGUCCCUUAAAAGUAGUUGGCUGUUUUGGCUCCAGGCACACUGCUGCCAUCACCUGCCAUCAGCCAGCACCCCCAGAUUCUUUUCUGUGGAGCAGCUCUUCAGCUUUUGUCCUCCCAUCUGUACGUGUAUCCAGGGUUGCCCCAUCCCAGCUGCAAAAUCCAGGACAUGACCUUGUUGAACUUCACACUUGGUAAUUCCCCAGCCCUCUGAUGUGUCCAAAUCUCUCUGCAAACCUUCUGCCCUUGAGGGAGUCAACAGCUCCUCCCAGUUUAGCAUUGUCCAUAUAUUUACUUAGAAUACCUUAAAGUAUGAAAGAAAACCUUCAUCCAAGUCAUGCUUUUUGGAAACCAGAGAGUUGAUUACAUAUCCAAGGGUCAAACAUCUUUUGACUUUGGGUUUAUGGAGUUCAUUAUGAGGCAGUAGUUUUUCCUAGCAAUAUAUUCUAUCACCAGAAAAGCCCCAAUCCAGUGGUCUGCUUCAUGCCGUUGGCUGGAAGCACGAGCCCUCACAGGGACUCAGGUGAGUACGGAUCCAGAGAUCAGUGCAGCAGGGAUUAUUUAUCAUAGUAAGUCUGUGCCUUCCACAAAUGAAGGCUUUGUCAUACUGCCCUUCAACUGGUUUCAUCCUUAAGAUAUUCCAUGUUUCCAUUGCUUGCGAUAUAAGCAUCUCCUCACGUA